CCCAGAGCGAGUGGAAAGAUUUGGAAGAGCAAGUGCGCGGGAGCUGGGCGGUGGAGUGCGAGCGCGCAGGCGCGGCUGGGGCCGGACAGCGACUCCGGAAUCUCAGCGAGUCCCACUCUGCGUCGCACCCCGAGCCGCCACCAUGGCCGCCUAUAAGCUGGUGCUGAUCAGGCACGGCGAGAGCGCUUGGAACCUGGAGAACCGCUUCAGCGGCUGGUACGACGCCGACUUGAGCCCUGCCGGGCACGAGGAGGCGAAGCGCGGCGGGCAGGCGCUGCGAGAUGCUGGCUAUGAGUUUGACAUCUGCUUCACCUCCGUGCAGAAGAGAGCAAUUCGGACUCUCUGGACAGUGCUGGAUGCCAUUGACCAAAUGUGGCUGCCUGUAGUGAGGACUUGGCGCCUCAAUGAGCGGCACUAUGGGGGUCUGACUGGCCUUAAUAAAGCAGAAACUGCUGCCAAGCAUGGUGAGGCCCAAGUAAAGAUCUGGAGGCGCUCCUAUGAUGUCCCGCCACCUCCGAUGGAACCUGACCAUCCCUUCUACAGCAACAUCAGUAAGGAUCGCAGGUAUGCAGACCUCACUGAAGAUCAGCUACCCUCCUGUGAGAGUCUGAAGGACACAAUUGCCAGGGCUCUGCCCUUUUGGAAUGAAGAAAUAGUUCCCCAGAUCAAGGAGGGGAAACGGGUCCUGAUUGCAGCCCACGGCAACAGCCUUCGGGGCAUUGUCAAGCAUCUGGAGGGUCUUUCUGAAGAGGCUAUCAUGGAGCUGAACCUGCCAACAGGUAUUCCCAUGGUCUAUGAAUUGGACAAGAACUUGAAGCCCAUCAAGCCCAUGCAGUUCCUGGGGGAUGAAGAGACCGUGCGUAAAGCCAUGGAAGCUGUGGCUGCCCAGGGCAAGGCCAAAAAGUGAAGGCGAGCAGGCAGACUAUUUUUCCAAGGACACCCUCCCUACCCAUCCCGUUCCUCCACAUUUCUUCCCUGCACAUGUCACACUGACCACAUCUGUAGGCAUCUUAAGUUUUAGCUGCAGAUGGGGACCAGUGGCUCCUAAUUUUGUUUAGCCAUUUGUCUCUUGCACCCACUCUCUUCAUAUAGUCUAGUCAGAAUGGCACUUCUGGAGCAUGAGUCUUCAGUCCCAAGCUGAGGGAAGACUUUUACCCAAAAGUAGAGAGUUAGUAACUCUGGUGUUUUUGCUACUGUUUAUUGAGUUGGGGAUAGGAAGGAACCAUGCUAAGAUGUGACCAAUGAGAAGUAAGAGAGCCUAUUUGUGUUCCCAGGAGCCAGUCCUGUACUAUUCUGUAGUCAGGUGACUGUCUGGGGGGGCUCCAGUCAUUCCAGUGAAAGAAUCAUUUCCCCUCUGACCCCAGAAGAGUUGGCUCCAGAAGACUGGGAUCAAUUUAAAUGUUUUGUGUUGCAUCUACUUUUACAAAAA